UCUGGUGGUAGUGCAGUCACUGUCAACAUGAAGGGCCUCGAGAACCAACUACUUGGACGCGUCAUCCUCAGAGAGAAAUAUGAACUGGAGGCAGAAAGAUUAAAACUAAUUGAGGAUGUAACUGCCAAUAAGAUAAAAAUGAAGGAGUUGGAAGACAACUUGCUGUACAAACUCAGCAGCACAAAAGGUUCCUUGGUCGAUGAUGACUCAAUGAUCGGCAUCCUGAGUACAACUAAGCACACUGCAGUAGAAGUUGGUGUUAAGCUCAGUGUGGCAGCAAAAGCAGAGGUCGAGAUCAACAUAGCUCAAGAAGAAUAUCGUCCUGUUGCCUCCCGAGGCAGCAUCCUUUACUUCCUCAUCACAGAGAUGAGCAUGGUCAAUGUCAUGUACCAAACGUCCCUCGGUCAGUUCCUCAAAAUCUUUGACCUGUCACUGGCAAGGUCGGAGAAGUCGUCAAAAACCCAAAAGCGGAUUUCAAACAUUAUUGAAUGUCUGACCUAUGAGGUGUUCAGAUACACAGUGAGAGGUCUAUAUGAAAACCACAAGUUCAUCUUCACACUCUUGCUGGCUCUCAAGAUUGACUUGCAAAAUAAAAAAAUAGAGCAUGAGCAUUUUCAAAUACUAAUUAAAGGUGGCGCUGCUCUUGACCUCAAGACCUGCCCCACUAAACCAUUCAGUUGGAUCCUUGAUAUGGUAUGGCUAAAUUUAGUGGAACUCAGCAAAUUGCCACAGUUCACUAAUAUCACAGCCCAGGUGAGUUUGAGGUCCCUACAAUCUGAAUUGCCAUUUGAAAAGUGGCUCAAUCUUGAUGCCCCAGAGGACGGUGUGAUCCCAGAUGGAUACAACUCCCUCGAUGUCUUCCUUAAACUUUUGUUGAUAAGGUCUUGGUGUCCUGACCGUACCUUGUCUCAGGCCAAAAAGUAUGUAGGAGAAUCCCUGGGCGAGAAGUUUGCCGAGCCGGUCAUCUUGAGCCUUCACGGCACAUGGGAGGAGAGUGAUCCUUGCACGCCUUUAAUUUGCUUCCUUUCUAUGGGUUCAGAUCCCACAGACCAAAUUGAAGCACUGGCUAAGAAACUGAACCUUGAAUGCAGAGCUGUCUCCAUGGGCCAAGGGCAGGAGGUGCAUGCAAGGAAGCUUCUUAAGACAUCAAUGAUGCAGGGCGGCUGGGUCCUUCUGCAAAAUUGCCACCUGGGCCUGGAAUUUAUGAAUGAGUUGCUGGAAACUAUCUCAACAGCAGAGACCAUGCAUGAUACCGUCAGGGUUUGGAUCACCACAGAACCACACGAUCAUUUCUCCAUCACACUCCUACAGUCCUCCAUAAAGUUUACCAACGAUCCACCCCAAGGAGUGCGUGCUGGCUUGAAACGAACAUUUGCCGGAAUUUCCCAGAACCAGUUGGAAGUCAGUACUGCGGUGUGGGAGCCUAUCGUAUACAGUGUGGCCUCCUUCUCCACACCGCUGUACAGGUAUGAAGAAGGAGCUAUGAACCCAAUGAACAUCUUCCCACGUCAGGAGGUCGAUCGAAUGCAAAGAAUCAUCAAUGUGGUUCGCAUUAGUCUGACUGAGCUGAAACUAGCCAUUGAUGGCACUAUCAUAAUGAGCGAGAACCUCCGUGAUGCCCUGGACAAUAUUUUUGAUGCCCGUGUGCCAAACCUGUGGAGGAAAAUCUCCUGGGAGUCGUCCACACUGGGCUUUUGGUUCACAGAGCUUCAGGAGAGAAACAAACAGUUCAAUAGCUGGGUGUUUAUUGGCAGACCUAAAACAUUUUGGAUGACAGGCUUCUUCAACCCGCAAGGGUUCUUGACGGCUAUGAGGCAAGAAGUAACAAGGGCUAACAAAGGAUGGGCUCUGGACAGAGUCACGCUGACCAACAAAGUGCUAAAGCAUUCACAGGAAGAGAUCACAGCAUCACCGCAAUAAUUCUAGCAGAUAUAAAGAGGGAGUUUAUGUUCAUGGUCUGUACCUGGAGGGCGCUGGCUGGGACAAGAAGAACACCCAUCUCAUUGAGUCCUCAGCCAAAGUGCUAUUCACAGCCUUGCCUGUCAUCCACAUGUUUGCCAUCAACUCCACUGCCCCCGUGGAUCCGAAGCUGUAUGUCUGCCCCGUCUACAAGAAACCGAGGCGAACAGACCUGAAUUACAUCACAGCAGUGGCGUUGCCGACCAUGAAGUCCCAGACCCCAGAUCAUUGAAUCAUGCGUGGGGUUGCCCUGCUCUGUGACAUCAAAUAAAAUACAGCUGCCCGUCUUUAUUAAUCUGAAAU